ACACACGUCAAAAUCGACCUCAGCUUCGACAACACCGCUAACCCGCAGCAACCGUCAAGAUGAAGUACAUCCACUCCGAGGAAGAACUCCCCAUCCCUGAGGGCGUCAAGGUCAGCAUCAAGAACCGAAAUGUCGUUGUUGAGGGUCCCCGAGGCAAGCUGAGCAAGUCUCUCGGUCACUUGGCGGUCAGCUUCUCACACCCCAAGAAGGAUCUGAUUAAGAUCGAGCUCCACCACGGCAUCCGCAAGAGCGUCGCCACUCUCCGCACCGUCCGCACACUCAUCAACAACUUGAUCAUCGGUGUCACCAAGGGUUACAAGUACAAGAUGCGAUACGUAUAUGCCCAUUUUCCCAUCAACGUCAACCUUGAGAAGAACAACGAGUCCGGCUGCUGGGAGGUCGAGAUCAGGAACUUCAUCGGCGAGAAGCUCGUACGAAGGGUUGUCCUGAGGCCCGGUGUUGAGGUUGAGGCUUCCAAGAACGUCAAGGACCAGCUUGAGCUUUCCGGAAACUCACUCGAGGAUGUCUCCCAGGGUGCCGCUGAUAUCCAACAAAUCUGCAAGGUCCGCAACAAGGAUAUCCGAAAGUUCUUGGACGGUCUGUACGUGUCGGAGCGCGGCAACAUUGUCGAGGACGCGUAAAAGGUUCUGGGGAGUACGGGUUUCUUUACGGGCACAUGAGCAUCUAUGAACUUCUCUGCAUCACAUCACGUGCGGUUGGCGCCUGGGGGUCUAAGCUCAAAAACGAUGUUCAAACAAUACCACCAAUGACUUGAUGGAAGAAGCAUGCAUCCACGAUUUUGGUGAUAUGAUGGGAAGUCAGCAAUUUCCGUGUUUGUACAAGGGUCGGUGCUCGGGACUUACUUCUUUAGUACAGGACGAUUGUGGUUGACAGCGAGAGCUUUUGUUAACAUACAGAGCCAAUGAAAGAACGCUUCCCAUGUCCA